UUAGGUGAUUUUAGCGGUUCUUUAAAAGCGUCACACUUGUGCGCGCGAGACGCGACAAUUACGCUGCCCAGAAGUUAAAAACAAGAUUGCGAAACGACUGCUAUCUAGCACGUAUUGUAUGAAUAGUCGUUUAAAAGUAAUAUCUUGUAGAAUCCGACAACUUUACAGCGGUUUGGUAGAGAGGCAGACGCUUUCUGACAGCGCGCUCUGCGUGAAGGAGGCGUAUCAUUACUCUUCAGUCAUGAGGUUCUGCUCGGGAGUGUUUUUAAUCACCCGAGGGGCUCAGCAGCUUUAAGAAGAAAAAAGAAGCCUUCAGAAAAACUUUUCACUCUGCUUUGAUACCUGGACGUUUGAAACGAGACUUCCCAAACACUCGUCGAAUUUAGCUGAAGAUUUUCCGCGAUAAUGUCAUGAACGCGUUCCUCGGAUAUGAGCGCUUUUAAACUGCGCGUUUGAGCGCUUGUCGCCGGACAGCGCGCCGUGAUCUGGAGGGAUGAUGAGGGGACCAAACGCACAUUCCCAAUGGUAUGUCUCUUGACUCUGUCCAGGAACCUUUGUGCAGGAGUGGGAAUGGUUUUCCGUUGGGUAUGGCCGCUCCGUCGGAGGUGCUGCACGGGUCCUCUUCUGCUGCUGGGCAUCGCCGUGGGGCUCUUUUACCACACUGUGACUAUGGACCGGGACAGAACCGAGAUCAAGUCCAGUCAACGGGACCAAAGGAACAAAUCAGCUGGCUUUGAUUAUGAACUUCUGCUCAAGAACCCAGAGAGACUCAUAUCCUUACUAGAAGCAUCAGUGCGCCAUUCUAAAGGCAGCUGUGCGGGAAAAGCCAUCAUUCUGACCGGCCAGCAUGCUCCCACUGACACUGAGGUUCAGCUGUACCAUAGAGUCCUCCAGCAGCAGGGAUAUCGAGUGGAUCAGGCCCGAUAUGCAGAGACCAGCAUCUCACUCAGACAGGACCGAAGAGAUGGAAGAGACUGGUCUGUCUUGAUAUGCUUAAAAGGCUCUGAAAAGAGUUGUCUGCGUAAAAUCAACUUCGCCCAUCCACAGCACCACCAGAGGGUUAACAUAAUACCAGCUUUUGCCGGAGCGUUUCUGGACAUGGGCGGAGUCUGCCGGUUUUUGACGAACAGCAAGUUGCCAGGAGCGACAUUACCCAUAAACCCCUCAGCCUGCGCCUUUUCCACAUCUCCACUAGAGGGAAUCCAAAAUACUAAUGAUGCAUGGAGGCAGCCAAUCACACACAACCAUUCAGACAAUCAGGGAUUAAAUGCGACCGUAAACGUGUACGUCCUGGUUACUUCUGCAACACCACUGACCGCUUUCCUCCACCGCACAGCCCUGGUCAGAACUCCCCAGGAUAAAGCUAGUUACGCCACUGAGCUACAGGUAUUUUUCAGAGAGAGACUGGGUUCAGUUGUCUCUCAUCAGGUGAUCAGACACAUCAAUCAUGCUAUCAGUGAAGUCCUUAAAGCUGCGCUGUUCAGCACAAAGGACAGCAGCUCCUCACCCAGGUGUCAGUUGUGUUUUCAGUUAAUGACCUUCUCGUUGCUCUAUAAUUCUUCUCUUCGUCCAGUGGUGGUGAAGCUUCAGACUGACCUACACUUUGAUGGAAUGAAGGAUCACUUCGAUGGGCAGAUAGCCAAAGAGUAUAUGCUGGAGGAUGUUCUCAAACUGCUUUUCCCAACAUGCAACAGUGAAUCUGCAGUGCCCAGUUCCAGAGUUAACAUACAGGAGGAGAAUCAAAAGUAUGCUGGCUGUGAGGAACCAAACACUCUCUGUCUGCCUCCAGAUGAGAUGCAUUUACUGGUGCAGUUCAAUCGGCACCUCAGAAAUCCAGGACCCUUUCAGCUGCUGUAUCCUGUAUCUCCUCCUGCUGAUGAUCUAAUCCAGAAAAAGCCCCUCAGCGCACAGGAUUAUGGAUGGAGACCAGCUCUCAUGGCUCUGCUCCAAAAGCUCAGUCUUUACUACACGACAAGACAUCAGACUGAAAGCUUGGACGACUCAAGGAGCCCAGAGGCAUCAGAAUUACUGUCAGGAAAAGGCAGGUGUGUUGAUUCACAUCUGAGGCAGCUUUACACAGACCCUCCAAUGGUGCUGAUGCCAGCGUUUAGCGCAUGGGUGAAGGAAUAUCGAGCUGAAGUCCCAUUUGAUGUGAUCACAAUUCAGAUCCGGCCCGAACCAGUCAUGCCACAUUGUCACAUUCACCUGGAUGAACAUCGCGGACCCAGGAUGGCGAAUUACCCAGUUGGCCUGGGCAACAGCAGAAUCAACAUUCUGGUGAUGGACGAAUCAGAGGCCGAGCCUGUCGUCAUGACGAUAUACACUCUAAACAUAUACCGCGAAAGCCGGCCCAGUCUGCCAAUGUUUGAUGAGUAUGUGAUGUGCAGUUUUGUGCAGGACUGCGGCCUAGUCGUCCGGCCAGACCAGCCCUGCGGUUUGGAGCCCAUUCCAGGAGUGAGAUCUUCAGGAGAGGCCCAGGCUUCACUUCGGCCUUGCCUCUCAGGAGAUGAACCUGGCCGCUGGGUCGUCCCGUGCCUGAGCUGUUCAGACAACAGGACUUGUGAUUGGAGAGAGGUUUCCUGGCAGCCGGACAAUUGUUAUCACCCACUGCUGGAUCAACCUCAGCUGCAGUCCUGCAUGAUGGAACGCAAGGUCCUGUUUAUCGGGGACUCCACCAAUCGAGGGAUGAUGUACUACUUGAUGGAGAGGGUGAACACCACGCUGGAGGACUGGGACAAAGCCCACAACACCAUCGUCUACCACAACCUGAACCAAGGCCGAACUAUCGUCAGCUACUCCUACUACCCACAGUUCUGGCUGCCAAAGAGCCACAGACCCACCUUCCAAAGAGCUCUGCAGCAGCUUCUAGAAAGGUCACAGCCGCUGGAGAACUCUCCUCAGACAGUGCUGGUCGCUGGAGGGGUGCAAUGGCUGAACCUGAACCAUUUGAGGACCAUUCGGCAGGUUUUGGAGAGGGAGGGUCUUGAAAACAUCAUGGUGGUGGUGAAGUCUUUAGGAAUGGGUUUCCAUCUGCCCGUAGAUGGUAUCCGCUCCCUGUCACUGAAUGGUGUGCAAGAACUCUAUAAUGCGAACAAGAAGAUUCUGGAAAGUGCCAAGCAUCUUGGGUAUGAGGUCAUUGACACGCUCAGCAUCACCAUGGGCCGUUAUAAGGAGUUCCUGCAGGGACGAUGUGCUUGCCAUUUCCAUGAGGUCUAUAAGCUUCCCUUUCCAACUGCUGCUUCCCAAAGAAAGCUGAAGAUUUUGAGGGUGGGUGGAAAAAGCGGGAGUCUGGCCGAUGAACAAACGGGCCCUCAAGAGCACGAAGAUCCAUCAUGUCAACCUGACGUGUCCUACCAAGUAAAGGGACCAGUGAACGCUGUGUACUCUGAGAUCCUCCUCAGCAGGAUAUGUUUCAAUCACGCCAUCAUUGGGACCAUUCGCCAACAUUAAGACAAUUAGCGGCCGGUGACGCUAAGCUGUGCGUGUUUUUCAAAGUGUGUGUGUAGCUGGUAAUAUGAGAAAAAUGUGUAUAUAAGGGCUAAACCGAUUGGUCCAAGUCAACUUAAACAUAUGCUGGAUCAAAGUGUUAAAUUGAAGGACGAUUUAGGUAGGUGUCUGUUUGUGCAGGUGUGCAACGGGAUCCAGAUGGACAAGGGGUGUAAGGGUGUACAAUGGGACCCCCUGAAGCCCUGCCGAAAUGACUUUGGCAGCUGCGGCUUAAGAGCAGGCAGUGACUGCGGUGCAUCAGUCGCGCAGCCCCUUCAAACAGCCUCGCAAAAACCUUGCGACAACACUCGUGCAACGUUCCUACAAUGCUGCUACUGCUGAACCACAGGCUGAAAUGUUCCCAAUAUGUUUGGGGAACGUUAGGCGGCUGCUGUGGAGUGCCUUUGAUGUCACCCUGCCUCACAUUGUCACUUUUAUGGAAGCUCGGGCAACGUUUUGAAGUCUAGCUUUACACCCCCCUCCUUUUCCUACACAUGCCAGGUUCGCAAGUAUUGAUGAAGUAUUUUCUAUGCCAAAGGUCUUAUGAAGCAUAUUGUAUGAUAUAGUUAUGUUCCUCACACAUAUUUCUACAUUUAUUUUUCUACCCGUGCUUUCCAGUGCCUUUAAUAAUAAUCUGUGUAAGAUGUUGUAAAAGCUGUUUACAUGAAAGAGGAUAUUUAUACUGUUCUGGUGGUGAUAUUGUUGCUGGGUUUAUGCUUAAUUGCUGGAAUGCAUGAAAAUGUUUCAUUUGUCCAUCAUUUACGUUAAACAGGAAAUAGUUUGUGGAAAGAACAAAUUAGCAGGAUUUAUUUAAAAUAUCCCAUGAAAAAAAGUCUCUUCCCACCAGUUGUUAUGAGCUCGGUAUGAGCAUGAACGUUAUUUCCACUUGAGAUGAUUUCAGAUGAAACCAUGUGUUGACCUGUUAAGAUUCCGCGUCUUGUGAUAACUCUUGAUGUGUCAGAAUUUUAGGUUUAUUGAAAAUGUUUUAGAUGUUUAUGAAGGGCUGUCUCAUGAUAUUUGUCUGGUUGCCGCAGCAUAUGCAUGAAAUAUAUGAUUCCAUCAACGUGAAAUGUCACUUAACAUAUCGAAAAAUUAAAAAAAUUUAUAUUUUUAUAAUUUAAA